AUGAAGACAUUUCGUCCGUUGUACGAUUGUCUCUCCACCUGCUACCCGGACAGCGUCUUGGCACCCCCGGACCCGGCCACCCUUCCGCCGAAAUUUGUUCGUCUGGCACGUCGCCGGCCGAGAUCUCCCUUCCUCGCACCGAGUCGCAGCCAGCGACCACCGAAACAGCCAAGAGACGGCAGCAUGUAUUUCCUCCAGGUCCUCUCGGCCCUGUUCGGCUGGGUCUACACCAUUUGCUGGUCCGCCUCGUUCUAUAGCCAGCCCUUGCUCAGCUACCGCAGGAAGUCCACCUCGGGAACCACCGUCGACUUCCCGCUGAUCAACACAUUCGGGUUUUGCGCGUACCUUGUCUCCAACGCCGCGUUUUACUGGUCGCCCCUCAUCCGCUCGCAGUACGCGCUCCGCCACGGCGCGGGCCACGAGCCCACCGUCGCCUUCAACGACAUCGUCUUUGCGCUGCACGCCGUCGUGGUCUGCGCCAUCACCACGUCACAGUACCUGGUGCCGGGCGCGUGGGGCUUCGAGCGGGCGCCCGGCACGCGGCCGUCGCGGCUGAUCUUGGGCGUGGCCACGGGGUCGACGCUGGCCGUGGCCGUCAUCAUCUUCGUGGUGGCGGGGACGGACCCGGCGGCCGACGCGCGCACCAGCUGGGCCUGGCUCGACGUCGUCUACACCGUCUCGUACGUCAAGCUGUUCGUGACGCUCAUCAAGUACGCGCCCCAGCUGUACUACAACGCCCGCAACCAGAGCACCAAGGGCUGGAGCAUCUGGCAGAUCCUGCUCGACUUUGCCGGCGGCAUCCUGAGCAUCGCCCAGCAGGGCAUCGACUCGUACCUGCAGGGCGACUGGAGCGGCAUCACGGGGAACCCCGUCAAGUUCGCCCUGGGCAACGUCAGCAUGCUGUACGACCUCUGCUUCAUGACCCAGCACUACGUCCUGUACCGGGGCAACGAUGGCGCACCCGCCAAGAGCGGCGAGAGGGAGGCGCUCCUCGAGAGGGGCGAGGGCGACAGGAGGUUAGACUAG